AUGGGAGUUUUAGAGAAAAUCCAACAAAUUCAAGAGGAACUAGCUAGAACACAAAAGAACAAGGCUACAGAGUAUCAUAUUGGUCUUUUGAAAGGGAAGCUAGCCCGUUACCGACAACAACUUCUCGAACCUCCCCCCGGAGCGUCAUCUUCUCCAGGCACAGGUUUUGAAGUUUCUAAAAGUGGAGAUGCUAGAGUAGCUCUUAUUGGCUUCCCGUCGGUAGGAAAAUCAUCUUUUCUAGGUAAGAUAACCAGCACGAAGUCAGAAGUAGCUCAAUAUUCUUUCACCACUCUGACAUCAGUUCCAGGCGUUCUACAAUAUGAGGGUGCAGAAAUUCAAAUAGUGGAUCUUCCAGGAAUCAUCAAGGGAGCCAGCGAAGGAAAGGGAAGGGGAAGACAAGUUGUGGCUACUGCAAAGACUGCAGAUCUGAUCCUAAUGGUGUUAGAUGCCACCAAAGGUUCAGAUCAACGACAAAUUUUAGAAAGAGAGUUGGAAAGCGUUGGCAUCAGAUUGAAUAAGUCAAAGCCAAACAUUUCUUUCAAAGUGAAACAAAAUGGCGGAAUAAAAUUCUCUAGUACGAAUCCUCCCAGAUAUUUAAACGAAAAACUAUGCCAAGCUAUCUUAAGAGACUAUCGUAUCCAUAAUGCAGACAUACUGAUAAGAGAUGAUAGUUGCACGGUAGAAGACUUCAUUGAUGUGAUAAAUGAAAAUCAUCGCCACUAUAUCGGCUGUAUUUAUGUUUACAAUAAAAUCGAUGCUGUCGCAUUGGAAGAAGUUGAUCGCAUUGCUCGUGAACCCAACACUGUUGUCAUGAGUUGUGAGAUGAACUUAGGGAUCCAAGACUUGGUAGAGGAAAUAUGGUACCGCCUACACAUGACACGUUUGUACACUAAAAGAAGGGGGGUUAGUCCCAACUUUAAUGAUCCGAUGGUCGUGAGGCAAAAUUCGACGAUUGAAGAUGUUUGCAAUUCUAUUCAUAAGGAUUUCAAAAGCCAGUUUAAGUAUGCUUUAGUCUGGGGAUCUUCCGCAAAACAUAGCCCUCAAAAAUGUGGCCUUGGCCAUAAGGUGCAUGAUCAAGAUGUUGUUUCUAUUGUUACAAAGUAG